AUGCGCACUCAGAUCCUUACCAGCGCCCUCCUCUCGGGUGCCAUGGCUGCUCGUCCUUUCCUCGAGCAGCCCGACACUGGUCUCGAGAUCGUCGUCGGCGAUCUUCCCACCGGAAAGCUCCCCAAGCUCGAGCAGAUGAUCGGCCUCCCUGACUUUGAGUGGGCUGCUAAGAACUACCUCCCCAUCGAGAACUACACAUACUACCGCAACGGUGCUGCCGGCGAGUGGUCGUACCGCAACAACCUCGAGGUCUUCCAGCGUUACCGCUUCAAGCCCCGAACCAUGGUUGACAUCACAAACGUCGAGAACACUCUGCCCACCAAGAUCCUGGGCCACAACUUCUCAGCUCCCUUCUUCAUCAGCCCUUGUGCUAGGGCUGGUAACGCUCAUCCCGAUGCUGAGCUUAACCUCAUGAAGGGUGCUGGUGAGGGUGACAUUCUCUACAUGCCUGCCCUCUACGCCUCUCUCACCAUUGAGGAGAUCGCCAAGGCCAAGUCCGAGGGCCAGGUCGUCUUCCAGCAGCUCUAUCUCACCUCCAACGACACUGAGACCCAGGAGCUCCUCGACCGCUCUGAGAAGGCCGGUGCUGCUGCCAUCGUCUUCACCGUCGACUCUGCUGCCGAUGGCAACCGACACCGUGCUGCUCGAUUCGGUGUUGGUUCCGCUGACUCCGACUACUCCUACAUCACCUGGGACUACUACAAGAAGCUCCAGAAGAUGACCAAGCUCCCUGUUAUCAUCAAGGGUAUUGGCUCUGCCGCCGAUGCUAAGCUUGCUGUUCAGCACGGUGCUCCCGCUAUUAUCCUCUCUAACCACGGUGGUCGCCAGCUCGAUGGCAGCCCCUCUGGUCUUGAGGUCGCUCUUGAGAUCCACCAGGAGGCCCCCGAGGUUUUCAAGAAGAUUGAAGUCUAUGCUGACGGAGGUGUCCGAUAUGGCGCUGAUGUCCUUAAGCUUCUUUCUCUCGGUGUCAAGGCUGUUGGUCUUGGACGUCCUUUCAUGUACGCCAACGUCUUCGGUGUCGAUGGUGUCAAGAAGGUCAUCGACAUUCUCAAGCACGAGAUUGCCAUUGACGCUGGUAACUUGGGUGUUCCCGAUGUCCAGAAGAUUAACCCCAGCUACGUCAAGUGGCAAUUCAACAACUGGAACCAGUAA